AUGUCUCUCCUCCUUCCCCUGCAAGACAAAGUCGCCCUCAUCACCGGUUCAUCACAAGGCAUCAGCGCGUCCAUAGCCUACAAGCUCGCUUCCCAAGGAGCAGCCGUCGUCGUCAACUACGCACAUAGUGCCGAUAAAGCGCAGGCAGUGGUAGAAGGGCUCAAAGCGCUGGGAAGGAGAGCCGUGGCUGUCAAGGCCGAUGUUAGUGGUGUGGAGGGGGCGAAGGCGCUGGUGGAGGAGACGCUGAAGCAUUUUGGGAAGAUCGAUAUCCUCGUGCUCAACGCCGGUAUCAUGGGCAGCGCGACCCUCUCCACGCUCACGGAAUCCUUCUACGACGCGCACUUCAACACCAACGUCAAAGGUCCUCUCUUCCUCACGCAAGCCGCAGUGCCCCAUAUGCCCACAGGGGGCAGGAUCAUCUUCUUCUCAACAGGGCUGACGAUCCAGUCUGGUAUAACGCCCAACUACUUCGUGUACACUGCUACGAAAGGUGCUGUCGAGCAGCUCACGCGUGUCUUAGCGAAAGAGCUGGGACAGAAGGGGAUAACAGUCAACGCUGUGUCCCCCGGUCCUACGAGUACGGAGCUGUUCCUCAAGGGCAAGCCUGACCGGCUCAUCGAGGGGAUCAAGCAUAGCGGGCCGUUUGGCAAGCUUGGGGAUCCACAGGAUAUCGCCGAGGCCGUCGCGUUCCUCGUUAGUGAAGGAGCGAGGUGGGUCAGCGGGAGCGUGUUGAGGGUUACGGGGGCGAUGAUCGUUUGA